UCUUUUGGAAGUUGUGUAAAGGGAAUAAGUGGGGAAAAACCCUUGAGAUAAAGGCUGUGUAGCUCUCUCUCUCUCUCGCUCUCUCUCACCGUCCCUGGUGUCAGUUCGCUGGAGGAUUUUGUCGGAGUUUCCCGAGCGUCUCUGCAUCUUGAGGGUGUCCUUCACAGAAAAGAGCUUCUGCAAAAGUGUGUUUGAAAGUGAAGAUGUUGCUGGCUCUUUGUCGCAGUGUUAUCAGGAUCAGAGCUGGGCAGGAAUUCUCCAGAAAGCACAUGCUGAUGUUGCACGCUGUGGUAAGGAUGUUGUUGUGGCUGGUUUUGUUCCUGCCCGCCCUCUCGGUGGCUCAGAGGUCAGAGCCCGUGUUCUCAGCUAUAACCAAGACCGUCCUUCCUCCAGACUACGACAACAACCCCACCCAGCUCAACUAUGGCGUGGCUGUCACUGAUGUGGACGGGGAUGGAGACCUGGAGAUAUUUGUAGCUGGCUACAACGGCCCGAACCUGGUGCUAAAGUACGACAAACAGAGGAAAAGGCUUGUCAACAUCGCUGUUGACAACCGUAGCUCCCCAUUCUAUGCCCUGAGAGACCGUCAAGGCAACGCCAUCGGAGUGACAGCUUGUGACAUCGAUGGAGAUGGACGGGAAGAGAUUUAUGUCCUCAACACCAAUAACGCCUUCUCUGGUCGGGCAACAUACUCUGACAAGCUGUUUAAGUUCCGUAAUGGGCGCUUUGAAGAUCUGCUGAGCGAUGAUAUUAACGAACACAGAGACGUAGCCAACCCUAUGGCUGGGCGCUCAGUGGCCUGUGUGGACAGAAAGGGUACUGGUCGUUAUUCUAUCUACAUAGCAAACUACGCCAGUGGCAACGUGGGCCCUCAUGCGCUCAUAGAAAUGGAUGAGGCAGCGAGUGACCUUUCGCAGGGCGUCGUUGCCCUCUCCAACGUGGCAGAGCAGGCUGGAGUCAACAAAUUCAUUGGAGGAAGAGGUGUCGUGGUGGGUCCCAUUGUCAGUCAGACUCUGUCUGAUGUGUUUUGCGACAAUGAGUACGGUCCAAACUUCUUGUUCAGGAACAAUGGCGAUGGAACUUUCACGGAUGUGGCACAGCAGGCUGGUGUAGAAGACCCCAUGCAGCACGGCAGAGGGGUAGCUCUUGCAGACUUCAACCGUGACGGUAAGACGGACAUCGUCUACGGGAACUGGAACGGACCUCAUCGGUUGUACAUGCAGCUCAGUAACCGCAAGCAAAAGUUUAAGGACAUAGCAUCCCAGAAGUUUUCCAUGCCCUCUCCGGUUCGAACUGUUAUCGCUGCAGACUUUGACAAUGACAACGAGUUGGAGGUGUUCUUCAAUAACAUCGCUUACAGAGGCCCCUCCGCCAACAGACUCUUUAGGGUGAGCAGGAGAGAACAUGGAGACCCCCAGAUAGAAGAGUUGAAUAUCGGGGAGGCAGCAGAGCCUGAAGGACGAGGAACCGGAGCGGUAGCUACAGACUUUGAUGGGGAUGGGCGCCUGGACCUGCUGGUGUCUCACGGUGAAAGUGCAGCACAGCCUCUCUCUGUCUACAAAGUCAACCAGGGCAAUGCAAACUCAUGGCUGAGAGUGAUUCCCCGGACAAAAUUUGGUGCUUUUGCCAGAGGAGCUAAAGUGGUUGUAUAUACAAAAAAGAGUGGCCCACACACAAGAAUAAUUGAUGGCGGCUCAGGCUACCUCUGUGAGAUGGAGCCUGUCGCCCACUUUGGCCUCGGCAAGGAUGUGGCCACCAGUGUGGAGGUGUUCUGGCCAGAUGGCCGUUCAGUAGCCCGGGCCCUCGAGCCGUCAGAGAUCAACUCAGUGCAGGAGAUCCACUAUCCAAGAGAUGAGGAGGAAGUUACUCCUACUGUGGAAAUAGAGUGUGGUCACGGGUUUGCUUUGAAUGAGAAUGGCCGCUGCACGGAUCAAGAUGAGUGUACCCAGUUCCCCUCUGUGUGUCCCUCUGACCGCCCUGUCUGCACCAAUACCUAUGGUAGCUAUAAGUGCCGCGCCAAGAGAAGAUGCAACCAGGGCUUUGAGCCCAACGACGAUGGGUCAGCCUGUGUGGCCCAGGUGGCUUACUUUGGGGGAACGCGGUCUUCUGGGGAGCGCAAAUGCUCGGGCCUUACUUUCCGGCUGCUCCCCGUCUCUCUGCUACCACUCAUCUCUACCAAUCUCUAUUCUGGACUGCUGUAGCUGUGACUGUUUUCUCCCCUUCCUAACUCUUUCCACUACUAAAAGUGGAUGUACAGAAACUCUGAGAGCAAACUUUUCACUAAAAAAGAAAAAUUCCUCUUCACCUUCUCCUCUAUGGAUCUAUGCUAUCUUUACCCAUCAGCUAUUUACAGUCUCGCCUCCUGGUCAUCCGCUGCUUUGUGUCACCUCUUGGCUCCCGGCCCCCUCUGGACUAUAAAGAAACAUACAGGGAGCAUGCUUGCUGGGAGCUACAGGGUUCAGAACUAACUGUGCCACACCCGCAGAGUCCUCACGUCAUCACCUGGCACUUAUCUUAGUGGGACCUGAAACAAGGCCAAGUCAAUAAGAGGAGCUUCGGCAUAGAAACCGCUGCGCAUACAGCAAACAGAUCUACUGGCACCACAGACCACAUUCAUUAGAGACACGCUGAGCCCCAUCUGUAUAUCCAAAAUGCCACUAUGGUAAUCCUUACAAUGUCACUCUCAUUCUUAUUAUGCGCUUACUGGGAUGCCGAGGAACACCGGGUCUCCAAACUGUAUGUUUUGAGUGUGUAUUAAUGUGUUUGCAUGGCUGUGUGAGCCUCAGUGUACUGGGUCCAAAGAGGCAGUCGCGUAGGGGAACAUAUGCCAGACCAUCUGUCUCCGAUGGUAGGUUACAUUUUGUUACACAUGAAUUAUACAACAGCACAGAGAAGAAGGCAAACACAUGUGUGUGUGUGUGUAUGUGUGUGUGUAUGUGUGUGUGUUUGUGUGCGUGCGUGUGAGCACAGGAUGAGGCAGAUUUUAAAUUUUUUGGAAAGUGUACUAAAACAUAUCACUGUAGGCAUGCGCAAAGAACAUGAUGACAAAAGGAAAACACCUAAAACUGAACUGAACAGUGCACUUAAUUUAUGUUGGUGUUUCUCCUUCUGUUACACUGUGAUUACAAUCAUGGACUCAACAUGCAUUAAAAGCUGCUGUUCUUACAUUUUAAAGUGUGCAAAAUAAAGCAGCAGUCUUCAAGAUUCCAGUCCUGACUGAUUUGGGGACUCCUACAGGUCUUCUUUUGCAACUGGAUAUUGGUACGAUAUCGCCGCCACAAGGAAUCCAUCAUGCCAGUGCUCACAGCCAGACCACAGUCAGUUUGGAGCAGUUGGUAUCGAGAAACUACUGAGACAAGCUUUGUGUGUUUUAGUUCUGACAGUACAUAGAUGAUUAAUCCAAACAACUGCCGAGUAUUUUUCGUAGCGACCACCUUCGAAUGCAUUUUAAGAGCAAAAAUAUUCAGUCUACCAGAAAAGCUUUCUGGUAGACUGAAUAUUUUUAUUCCUUUUACAUUGUUUUUAGGGGUGGAUAAAAUCCUAGUUUGGGUUAAAUUACACCCUGUCAAAAACAAGAACUGUGCCCUGCAGAGGCUUUGUGACAGAAAGCAUUAAAGCAAACCUACCUUUGAUGUGGCAGCAGAAAAUUCUCAGUUUGCUUUAAAGGUAGCUUUUUUUCACCGCUAAUGAUGCCACAGGCACCUAGUUGGAAAUAAUAAUAAUCUUUGAGACUGCCGCUUUAAGUUUUAAGUGCACUAAAGCAUUCCUAAUAGUUUUCCACAUAAUAUAAAGCUUGACAAGUUGAAGUGGCAUUCAGUAGUUUUGUUGCUCUUACAAGACCAAAAUCCCCAAUGUCUCUUAUUACUUUCCAAGUCCCCUAAUCUAUCUGUGACAUUGUGACUCAAGCUCAGCUACAGUUUAGCCUUAAAAAUGAAUUUCUUAAUAUAUCAUUUCCUAAAACAGUGGUAUGCUGGUGUUUACACUGACUGUACAAUGCAGAUUUGGUUUGCAGUGGGACGAGGCAUUGACUUGUUUAAAAAAAGUUCCCGUGUACAUAAAAUGAAGGCACAUUGGUAAAUGUGUAGCUCAGUUACAAAGGCAUAAGAUCUAAUUCUUUAUUUUGGUGUUUUUAAAGGAUUUGUUGACAAUGACAUUAAAAACAAAUAUAUGGAAAAAUGGAAGAAAGUGGCUUUUUGAUGAGUCGUGAUUUGCACACAGUGAGGUUUCACAUAGCGUUCAGUGUGAAACCUUCGCUACAGCGGACUAAAAUACAUAAAACAUGUGGAGCUCUUCAUUUUUAUUAAAAGCUACAGAUCUUUUUGCCUUAUUGCCAUGUUUCUUGAAGCGUUUGGGAAACGAAUAAAUACUUUGGCCAAAAACAAAAAAGACGACCAAAAAGCGAAAGCAUUUUCCUCCACUCCACGAUGACGGCGCGUUGACUGACAGGUUUUUGCUUCCAUAUAAUUCUGCAGGGGCACAUCACUUGUUGCAACACAACCUUCAACUUAUCCAGUGUUCGACCACAAUCAGUGUCACAGCAGGGGAUAAUGUUCUUUAUUAAAUGUUGGCCAGCGCAAUUCUCCAGAGAAGCGAAUGUCUUUGUAUGAUUCAUGGAUUCAUCCCUACUCGCUUGCUGAGGCAAGUGUUACAUAUAUUUUGGAAAUUCUUAACCACAAACCUCACACAUUCCACUGAAGCUCCAGCGCUACUCUCUGCCCCGUGACAUCUGUCCUUGAGCCUCUUAAUGAGCUGGACCCAAACUCCAGAUGCCACCUGUAAAUAUCACACAUUUCAGAGGUUUUGGGAGCUGAACUCAGUUCUCUCUUUUUUAAUGAAAACAAAGAGGCAUCAGAACAUGAAAAACUAAUAAGCAAAUGAUGAUGGAUGUGUUAAAGCAAUUAAAACGAAUCACCACAGAUCCCUGUUGGAUCUAUGCUGACAUUGUUGUGACACCCUCCGUGAAAGCCAAAGAACCUUGAGAUUGAGUGCUCAGUGAGACAAAGUCCACUUAAACAUUUUAACGUUUUCUCAAAAAUUAUGUCAGAGGUUCAACUGAGGUUCCUCUUGAGCUGUUAUUGGACUGUAAGGAGAGAACCCAAACCUUUUUCUACUUUCUUGCACGCUGUUGGGUCUGACUUGAACAGAACAAGGACUUGUGUAAGCUCACAGUUUGCAUAAAUAAUUGGAUCGGAAAGUGUUCAUUAUAUUUGCACAGUUUCAAAGGACAGCGUGCAAAUAUAUUUUUGUUUUUUUUAACCCUGUUUAGCAUAUUUAAUGUCCACAGUGCUCAAAACAAUCUACUGUCAAAGACAUCUAGUAUAUAUAUUUUCCUAUAACUGUGUUGAAGUGGGUUGUAAAAUUUCAGCUGAUUGUAAAGUUUGUAGAGAAAAGUUAGGAUUCUGGUAAAUAGAAAUGGCGACUCCUGUCGACAUGUACAUGCUAAAAUAUGCUGUGUGCCGUAUUUACUGUGUCUACUCGAUCUACUCUAACAUGCAGGGUGUCUUUGCAUUCACAGCUUAUUCUAUGUAUGGAAGGACUGGAAAAUAAUAAAUACACACUGUUCACUGUGAUGAAUUAGUUGCUCAACCACUGCAAAUGUACCUGGAAGCAAAAACAUUUUUUGGAUAGAGUGGAUGAGCAUGCACAUGUGAUAUCAUCAGAUACACUUAGAGCAUAGUGUUUAGUGGGAAAGGAUGUAAUUAGAAAAAAAAUCACUUUGUGAGUCUUAAAAUUGCAAAAUGUGUCUGAAUAUUGUCUGUGAAUAACAUCCAAGAACCUGAGGGAGGAAGCUGAGUGUGUGUGAUUGUGUGUGUGUGUGUGGGUGGGUGUAUGUCGUAUCUGGCAUGGUCAGUGCCAUUGCGUUAUUUGCAUCCCAGAGGCUCCAGCUGUUUUUCUCUCUGCAGGAAUGAACUUGAGAGUAGAGAUGUCCCUGUGCAAAAUAAAA